GUGUUUCGGGCGUCCAUCGGCGCUCAAUCGUGGAUCAUCGAUUUUCUCCAUUCAUCAGUCCGAUUUUGCUUUCCACGUCGAGAGGCUGCGCGCACGCUCCGCGAAAUCUAGCUCGUAUUUAGAAUUCCUAGACGGAUCUUUAGUUAACAAAGAUCUUCGGUCAUCGAAUGUGAUUUGCGAUUUUUGAUUGUUUUCUCGUGCGGUUUUGAGUAGUUAGUGUGUGAACGUGUGAUAGUGAGUGUGGUAAUAGUGAGUGAGUGUUAGGAAUAUGCCUAACCAUACGUACAGUGCUCGUGAUUAGAUACGUAAACAUGGUUUACUGUUACGGGAAGGCACGUGGAAACGCAUCUGAAGUCGCAUCGGUUUUUAAUCAAUAAUGGCGAAGAGUGCAGAAGCAGAAGUAGAGAAGAUGAAGCUUCUAGAAGAGAGGAUAAAAGCGCCCUCUAUAUGGGGCCGAGUGGCCUGCGGUAUCAGGUUCGAGGAUCUACAGGAUAAGAGGUACGAGGAUGCUGUUAGAUUGCUGAAGAAGCACUAUCUUCCGGAGGAGUUAACCUACAGAUCAGUAAAGAUAGCAGAAGACAGAGAAGGCACCGACGAAUUCGUACACAACGUCAGGAUAUGGAUGAAGGACAAAAUGUCAAUAGCAGCUGUCAAAGAGGGAGUUGACAAGUUGGUCGGCGUGAUGAUCAUGAGGAUACAGGAGAAACAUGCCUUCUCCCGCACAUUCAGUAGAGUGAAGAUAACCCACAACCCCCUGUAUUCGAGUGUGAUGACCUUCUACAACGCUGUUGAGAAACCAGUAAAUCUUUUCGAGAAACUUGGCGUGAGGAAAUACUUCAAAGUCUACAUACUAGCUCUGAAGAAAAGGUACCGGCACAGAGGCAUAGCAAAGGAAAUGCUGAAGGCUGCCAUUGGCCUGGCCGCCAGUGCAAACGUGCCAGCCAUCGCUGGCAUAUUCACAACUGGCCGUAGCCAGCAAGUCGCUGCUGAGAUUGGCUUCGAGAAGUACAAUGAAAUAUACUACAUCAGAUACCUUAUUGAUGAGCAGAUAGUCUUCUGGGAUACAGGCCUUGGCAACUAUGGUGCUGCUCUGAUGGCGUACCGCAUCCCAGGAGUGGAGGAACCGCAAGAAGUGCAUGCGCAACACUCCUCAAGAUUUAAUAUACAGCCGCUAGACGAUGAUGAUGACUGAUGACUUGAUUAUAAUGUUUGUUUUUAUUAUAUUUAUUAUGUUAUA